CAUACGGAAGUGGUGGUCGUCGUCCAUGCUGGUGAAAAUAGGCUCUGUUGUUGGUGGUUGCUAACUAUGAUCUUUGAGUUUACUGUAUAAAUACCUAGCUGCAUUUUACACGCAUAGUGUAGUUAAAUUCAAGUCCAUUAUGGCUGGAAGUCGACUUGAAAAAUUCGGGACCGUAUUCACGCGAGUUAGAGAUCUUAUGAGAUCUGGAGUUGUCAAACAGUCUGACAAGCCCAUUUGGUAUGAUGUACACAAGACCUUUCCACCCAUGAAGGACCCACUUUAUGUCAGACCAGUGGCCAAGAGAUAUGGGAAGAAAGAAGAGGCUGUGCCAGACAUCUUCUACAGAGAGGAUGAAAUCAGAGCGAAAUUUUAUGAGGUGUAUGGAACAGGGCCCAGAGCUUUUGAUCUCUCCAAAUCCAGCUUUGUUUCAACAUGCCAAAGGUUUGUGGAGAAGUACACAGAGGUCGAGAGCAAGGGAGAGCUGGAGAAACAGUCCCUAUUUGAGGAGACUGGGAAGGCUCUCCUUGCUGAGGGCUUGGGGUUGAGGAGGAGGGGUAUUCCUGUGGUGGCGUCAGAGACCAGGAAUCCAGUGUUGGGCAUGAAGCUGACAGACAUGCUGGCAGAACAGCAGGCAGAUGCACCUGGCGGAACACGGGCACCAGGAAAAGAGAAGCCAACACAAGCACCAUUGAAUCCACAGUAGGCCUCUGCAGCAUGGCUUCAACCACACUCUUCACCGAGAUGGAACCAAUCAUCCACCUCCACUGACUAAAAAGGGGACUUUCAGUAUCUGUCCAACACAAGACAUACUCCUCAGUCCAGACUUUCUGAACAAUGUGGAUUAACAAGAAAGACUACUUGUUAUGGGUGUGCCUGGGCAGCUUUCACGACCGUCCGUCUUGACUGCAGGGUGGUGUGUAGGAGUCCAAGUUAUUGUACAUUUUUGGGCUGGAAACUUGUAAGAUCGGUGUUCUGCAUAAGGCUGUAAAUGUAUAUUGUGUGUGUACAUACAUGCACUGUACGUCCAACUGGUUACGUUGCAGUCUGUUUUCAGACCAUCCCUGUUGAUAUGAUAUGAUGAUCAAUUAGCAUUGUGAGUGAUAGGUAAAGUAACUCUAUAUUCUAGAAUGAGGCCUCUUUUCCUUUUUUCCUCUGCCGCUCAUCCUCUGUUAUGUUUCCAUCACGCUGCAGAACAUUCAUGCAAGACAAGCAGGCUGUGAGUGAAAGUUGAUAUUGCAUUCUCCAUUUGCUGCUGUGACAGUGUAAUUCGGUAGUGCCUGCCUGCCUGAGCAUCUGGGAUGAAAUGGAGAUAUUAAUUCCGUAUUGCUUCACAGAGAAAUACCACUGAUCACAUAACCACAUCAGCCAACUGGAGAUGAGAAUGUGAGUAAAGAAGCAUCACAGGUGCCAUAUUAAAAGAAAUGUAAGGUAACAUCUGUGGAAGGUAUUCCACCAGAUAGGAAAGGUUUGACAUCAACACCUAUACACUGAAUGAUUAAUAAUUAAACUGUACAAAACUAUAUGUUAUGUUAGUGUCUACUGCCACAAUUCAAAUAAGCACCUCACCAACAUCGCAUCCUGUUCUGAACAUAAUCUUGGUAUAUAUGUAUUUUUCAAUACGUAUCUCAAACUACCAGAUUAACAUUAAACAGUAACCAGUUAUUAUAACUUCUGCAGGUUACCCUUUCUCUUCUCUCUAAUCAGGAUAAUCAUCAUUCUUCCUGUUCUCACCAAUUGUAGAGGCAUUGAUCCACUAUAUGACCUAGCAGCCCUGCAGUUCAACUGCCAUUUGAAAAUAAAUCUAAAGAGGGCUUAUUUCUAGAGCCUUGGCUUUGAUGUGGAACAGCACUGGUCGGGGUUAUUUGCUCUGGAAAAAGCUAGCAUCCAUGAGCAUUUUCACAGUACCACAGUUCCCGCUUCUCUUUCCUCCAUCGUCCUUUCAAAAAGAUGACCUUGGCGGUGUUUCUCAUUAUCAGCUGUCUUUCUGUUUAUCGAAAGGGAAAACUGUCCGUCUCACAGUCUAUUCUGCGCUCGCACAGAGAGGAGAAAUGAUAUCAACACCAUAAUGGAAUGGGUGAUUGUCUGCACACAGUCAAAGCGAAAGCAAUUCUUUGGUGGAUGGAUGGCAAGACUGUCUGAGGGCCUAAUGAACAGGAGGGAGGGAUAGAAUUGGGGAGAGAUGUAGAGGAGGGAGAGAGUCAAGUUUGGAAGGAGACAAACAAUCUUUGUCUGCCGUGUCCACAGGCUGAGGGGAGAAACGGGCACUCAGUGGGGUGUGUUGGCAAAACCUGUGGCUUGACGCAGUCCUUAAAGGUGUUGAUUUUGCACUGUUUUCCUUUAUCUUAUUUUAAGUGUUAAAUAAUAUAUACUGAACAAAAAUGUAAACUAUUUCAAAUAUUUUACUGUUACAGUUCAUAGAAAGAAAGAAAUCAAUUGAAAUAAAUUCAUUAGGCCCUAAUUUAUGGAUUUCACAUGAAUGGGCAAUGGCCACUUCGGAGCCAGGCCCAGCCAAUCAGAAUGGGUUUUUCCCCACAAAGGGCUUUUUUACACACAGAAAUACUCCUCAGCACCACCACCCCCUCCUCAGAUGAUCCCGUAGGUGAAGAAACCGGAUGUGGAGGUCCUCGGCAGGCGAGGUUGCAUGUGGUCUGUGUUUGUAAGGCAGGUUGCAUGUACUGCUGAAUUCUCUAAAAUGAUGUUGGAGGCUUACAUUUUCUGGCCACAGCUCUGUUGGACAUUCCUGCAGUCAGCAUGACAAUUGCAUGCUCCCUCAACUUGAGACAUGUGGCAUUGUGUUGUGACAAAACUGCACAUUUUAGUGGCCUUAUAUUGUCCCCCAGUACAAGGUGCACCUUUAAUGAUCAUGCUGUUUAAUCAGCUUCUUGAUAUGCCACACCUAUCAGGUGGAUGAAUUAUCUUAGGCGAAGGAGAAUUGCUCACUAACAGGGAUGUAAAAAAAAAAUGUUUUGUGCGUUUGAAAGUUUUCUGCAUUCUUUUAUUUCAGCUCAUGAAACAUGGGACCGACACUACGUUGCGUUUAUAUUUUUGUUAAGUAUAGCUUCUGUAGAGGGGUGGGUGCGCAUGUAGCCUGCUGAAUAUUCUGACAUGCUUUUUGUAUGUGUUGCAUGUUUGUGUUGGUAAGUUCCAGGUGGAGAAAUGUGAAGAGCAAUCUUUGUUUUAAGAUGGAAUUAAUACAAUGAACUUUACGAUGGAGGCCUUUAAAAACUGGAGAAACACUGUCUGCGUAAAUGACUUCUUGGCAGCACCCCCAAGAUUUCUCUAUUUCUUUCAAAGUGUAUUUUCAGGCAGGUAAUUAACUUUUUUCCUGCCAGACUCCUGGCAAGGAUCUCUGGAUACAAAUGAUUCCAAUUGAGCAUGGGCUGGAAUUUAAUUGAUCAAAAUGCCAUUCUCUCUGUCACUGGAGUGUGAGCGUGGAUAACAUUUUACUGCUUCUGGCAUAGAUUUCUAAAGAAGCACCAUUUUUGGGCUGUGGAGGAGAGACUAGAUGCCAACAACAGCAUUUAAGGGUGAAUUCUGUAUGUGAAACAUGUUUGGGCUGAGUGUGCUGUGUUAGGGCAGUGUUCUGUGUAUUUGUAUAUUCUGUGUAUAUGUACACCUGGCUGGUUGUCAAUAUGGUCAGUGAUAGAAAAUACAACUGAAUUAAUUAAAUAUGUAAUAAAGUAUUUUCUCCUUGAAAUGUUGGGUAGCCUAGGUUGUGUAGAUCAGUAAAAUAUAUAACUGAUUGUGUUCUAAUUCUGGUUUGUAAGAGUCUGUACAAUGUAUAUAGUCAAUGUACAUACUGCACCAUAGCCUAUAUACAAUAGAACAUUCAAUAAGCCAUUCAAUGUCUGUAUUUAACAUUUUCCAUAUUCAUAAAUGGAUCGAAAUGGAAAUGCCUUUCUCUUCAAUUCUUUAUCCCACUCUGUCUUUGUCUUCCUGCUCUAUGGCAGUGCUGUCACAAAGAUAUCUAAUCUCUUUGGCAUUAUACAGUCAGUGUCUGAAAGAGCCUUAAUUGUUUUUGCCUUUCUAUUGCUUACAAUAAAGCCAGGCUUGUCAGUCA